CGUAUAUUGGAGUGAAGUUGGAAAUUGGUCGGCUUGUAGAAAGUUGGCUGACAUCACACGCCUUUUAUAAAGUCAUGUAGGUUCCGCGUACGAAACUCAGAGCCUAACAUCACUUGUAGUUAUGUUGUUACCGCUGUUAUAUGACCUUAGCUACGGUUUAUUUCUUUAGCGGACGAGUGGUGGAUUGUUAAGUGGUUUUCCGAUUAUUUAUAAGUGUUUUGUUGUCCGGCGUAACCCGAUUAUACCCUUGCAUUAGCACAGGAGGGACUAAAAUUAGGCGAGUGUGUCACCGGUUCGAGUUCCCUUAAUAAGAUAGUGCCGUUCAGUGUAAACAUCUGUUCGAAAUGAGCAAGAAUUCAAUGCCACCCCCGUACGGGCCACCGCCGGCGGCGCCCCCGAGUUAUGCUCAGGCCGUUGGGGGUGUACCCCCAACUAGCCCCUAUGUGCCUAAUCAUUCUAUUAUGAAGGGACCUGAAAUCGUCACGACUGUAGUGGCCGUAGGGCCCAAUCCAACGCACAUGAUAUGUCCACACUGUCAGGCGGAAAUAGAUACAACAACAAAGUCAAAACCGGGUCUAAUAGCAUACAUUUCAGGGGCAAUUUUGUGUAUAAUUGGGUGCUUUUGGGGCUGCUGCCUAAUACCCUGCUGCAUAGAAAAGUGCAUGGAUGUGUCCCACACCUGUCCCAACUGUGACGCCUAUCUCGGCACUUUCAAGAGAUAAAAAAGACGACGUCUUACCUCCAAGCUUUCAGCUAGUGUUUUGUAAUAGAUAAACAUUUGAUCCAGUGCAGAAACAGACGUUUCUGCAUUUGAUUCAUAAGUUGUAAAAAUUGGAUGUUAUCCAACGAGUUGUUGGCACAAUCACUGCGGGUAUUUCAAUACAACUAAUUCCAAAUCAAUUUAAAAAUAAUAUCUCUAAUGUAGAAACUGUUGAAAUUAGAUUAUGUGGAUUCAGUUUAAUUUUUGCAUAAAUACCUAGUGUUGGCUCAUAUUUUCUUUGAAUCGAAAAUAUUUGUUUCGCAAUAAAUUGACUUUUUCUUGUACAAGUUUACAACUUUUCAACUCGAUAACAAUAAUAACGUACCGUACUUUAAAAAUUAAUUAUAUCUAUUAAUGAAAAUUCAGAUGGUGGAAUAAAUUGAAGAUAUAAUUUAACAUUAAUAAAUUUUGUGGUCGACCCAUACACACAUUUUGUUUUAUUCUCCAAAUUGUUUUUUGAAAUCGCUAUACUGAAGAAAUUAAGUUUAACUUGUACAAUUAUUGAUUAGUAAAUAAAUUAAUAAAAGAUUAAUAAGAAAAUAAAAUAUUAAUAUAGAAUUCAUUUAAACCAGCUUAUCAGUUACUAUACAGGGUGUCCCAGCGAGAACUUCGUCGAUCGAUAUCUAGGAAAGUACUGUUCCGAAAAAGCAGCAGAUUCUCUACAUAUUCUUGAAAUUACUUUGUCACAUUUUCCAUAAAUAACAAACAAAUUAAAAUAAUCCUCAUUAGUAUAAUUUAAACGA